AUGUUGGAUAAGAAGGAUGAUAUGCGUCCCAAUGGCUCUCAACUAUCACCGAGAAAUGGGAAUAGACUAUCACCACAGCAGCAAAACUUACCCCAUAUAGGGCACCAACAGCAGCAACAACAUCAACAACAUCAACAACAACAACAACAACAGAUCCAACAGGUGGGAAACCAACUCCCGAUCCCUAUACCUAUCCCUCCUCCUCAACAACUUACACUUCACCACCAUCCCCCUCCUCCUGGUCCACCUCAUAUUCAUCAUAGUCCUCCUAUGUUCCAACACCAUCAACAUCAGAUGCCACUCCAACCACUACCACCCGGAUUACCACAGAUGAUGCCUGUACAUAUGAUUCCUCCUCGUCAGAGUGUUGAAAAUAUCAUGAACGAAGGAAUCCCCCGGUAUUCGUAUCAUUCCGGUUCUGAAACAUCGGCACCAUCUACUGUUGAUGCUAAGUCAUCAACGGACAUGUAUCAUCAGGAUUCUGCCAUAAGUAGUAAUAAUGAAGUCAAUACCACUAAUAAUGGAAUAGGUAAUAAUAAUAUUCACAGCAACAAUAGCAGUAGUAAUCUAAAUGGUAAUGGGAAUGGUAACGGUAAUGAUAAUGGUAACGGUGCAAAUAAUAAAAAUGCUAAUUUCAAAGAUGAUGAUACGACUGAUGCUAUGGGUGCGGGUUCAGCAUCUGGUAGAAAGAAAGAUAAAGGGUUCUAUGGGAGAUCGGCUGCGAUUUCCUUUAUGAAGGAGUUAUCUUCCGUUGUAGAUGAAAAUACUCGAGAAGAUGAAGAAAAUGAAAGUGAGAGAAGUUAUAGAUACACUAUGUCUAGAAAUGAUAAGUCUGCUACUACUCGAAAGGCCGAUAUUGUGGUUCCUCCUAGAAGUGUAGCAGAUAAGUAUGUCAAUAACUAUUUUGAAUAUGCUUAUACGUUGUAUCCAUUUGUACAUCGACCCACAUUCAUGAAGGGUUAUGAAGAGAUAUGGUCUAGUGAAAGUGGUACCAAUGAAGUAGAUGAAUUAUUUUAUUCUAUUCUAAAUAUUAUAUUUGCCUUUGGUUGUCGUUUAACUCCAGAGGGUGAGCAACAUGAAUCUACUUCCAAUGCUGAUUUGUACUUUGAAAGAUCACAAGAGUUGUUACGAUUUCAUUUGAUGGAUACUGGGUCGGUAUUAUUAGUUCAAGCUUUAUUAUUAACGGGCCAAUUUUUACAAGCUACCACCAGACUGGCUGGUUGUUGGAAUAUUUUGGGUUUAUCAAUUCGUAUAGCUCAAGGAUUGGGUUUACAUCUGGAUUUGAAUUUAAUUCAAACAAAAAGCUAUAUUGAAAAAGAAAUUCGUAAGCGUUUAUGGCAUGGAUGUUUAUUGAUGGAUAGAAUUGUUUCUAUGACUUUGGGACGUCCCUUAAUGGUGACUGAUGAUCAUAAACUGGAAUUACCUGCAACUGUAGAUGAUGAGUAUAUUACGGAUGAAGCUAUAUUAUAUUCUCCAGUUGGUCAACCUUCAGUACUAAGUUUCUUUUCUGAAACUGUUAAAUUAUAUGAUAUACUUUCAGAAAUACUCCAAACUUUCUAUAAUGAUGAACCAGAUUAUGUGGAUUUAUUUCUUCAUAUUUUUAAGUUUGAGGAGAAGCUUAGUCGAUUCCAUGAGAAUAUACCAGACCAUAUUAAAUAUGGGAUUGAAAUGAAAGAAAAGCCUUAUGAAAGACAGAGUAUUGUCUUACAUAUUCGUUAUUUGCAUCUAAAGAUUAUGCUCUAUCGUCCAGCAUUAUUCCCUAAAAAGAGAGGUAGAACAAAUAGUUCAGAAUUAUAUCUGUCGGCUCAAAAGUCUGUAUCAUUGGUUUGUGUUGAAACUGCUAUAGAACUAAUCAACCUCAUAAAUAAGUUCAGAUCGAGGGAUAUAUUUCUUUUGCCGGCUCAUUGGUAUAAUGUAUUUUAUAUUUAUACUGCUGAAACUGUCUUAUUGGCUGCUAAACUUCAACCAACGUUACCAAAUGAAAUAAAUGUAGAUGUUUUCACUACCACUUGGAGUAUGGGACUUGAUAUUCUUGCUUCCUAUAAGCUUCAAACUGAUUCUGCUGCUCGAUGUUUGAAAGUUUUAGAAAUGAUGGGUGAAAAGGUAAAUUUAGCAGGACGAAAAAUCGCAAGAAAUCAUUUUGAUCCUGUACAAUCUGCUGCUAGUAGCUCUACUAGUAGUAGUCCUUCUCAAGUACCAACAGAUGUACUUUAUUCAUUAUUAUAUGAUACUGCUGGGCCAUUUGGUGGACCAUUCUUCUAUAGGGAUGAUAUGGAGAGAUAUCUCAAUUAG